AUGUACACGAUGCCAGCUGCCCCCUAUGCAGUCCUCUUGGGGACUUGCUGCGUCCUUUAUUUCCUGGUCUAUCCAGUCGUGGUCUACUUCAGAGAUCCUAAAGGACUUCGAAAGUUUCCGACCAUGACUCCGUUGUCUAGCAUCUCAUCUAUCCCGUUCAUGGUAUUGGCACACACGGGUGCUCGAUCAUCUCGCUUGGUCGAACUCCAUAGGAAACAUCCCGUCAUUCGGACUGGGCCGACUACAUUGUCUUACUCGGACCCUCGAGCCAUCAAGGACAUCUACGGGCACAACACAAAGUGCACAAAGGAUGGCUCCUACAUCAUUACCGCUGGCUCCCACUUCCACCUUGCCGACGUCAUCGAUAAACCAGAACAUGCAAGGAAACGCAAGGUUCUCUCAUCGGCCUACGCCUUGAAGAACUUGGAAGGCUGGGAACACAAGGUGGCGGACAAGACAGCCCGGAUGAUCGCACACUUCGACAGGUGCUGCACAGCUCCUCUGAAACCCGCACGACAACCCGAGGCCCAUGAGUUGAAUGUGGAUUACCGAGAGUGGACCAACUACUUUACAUUGGAUGCCAUUGCCGAUAUUGGCUUGUCGGAGAAACUGGGAUUCCUCGACAGGGGACACGACCGUAUCACAGGCCGCAGAACCGACGGCACCAAAUAUGAAUGCAAUUUUCGGGAGUGCCUCUACCAGAAUGCUCGGAAACAAUCAUUACUGGUAUGGCCAUACAAGUGGUAUCCUCUGAUCAACAAGCUGUCCAACGCCAUCCCAUUCUAUGGACGGAUGGGAAAGCUUGGUAGGGACUGGGAUGGCAUUCCUCUCGAGCUUGCCCAUCGCCGGUUGGACAGAUAUCGUCGGGGCGAGAAAUUGGACGACUUCUUCCAGGCGCUUAUGGAGGACAAAAACGGUCACCCUAACAAUCUCGAAUGGGGCGAAAUUGUGGCUGAAGUGAGCAUUAUGAUGAACGCAGGCAGUGCCACAACUGCAAUUGCCAUGGCAAAUGUCCUGUACCAACUACUCAAGAAUCCUGAAGCGAUGAAAAAGCUCGUCGAAGAGCUUGAGGCUGCACUAGAGGAUGAGGGAAUGCAGGCCGUGGUCCCCUACGAUCGGGUCAAGCAUUUGCCAUACCUGAGGGCUUGUUUGGACGAGUCUCUACGAUUGUUUCCACCAACUCCCCACGCGCUUCCCCGUGAGACUCCUCCCGAGGGUCUGAGUAUCCUGGACGACUAUAUUCCUGGGGGUGUUUCGGUGGGCAUGUCGGCUCUGGUCGCUCACAGAAACGAAGACUGGUUCCCUCAGGCUGACAAGUAUAUCCCCGAAAGGUGGCUCGGUGAAGAAGGCAAGAACCUUCAACCCUAUUUCCUUGCCUUUUCUGCCGGCGCUCGAGGAUGUAUCGGUCGCAACAUUUCUUACUUGGAACAAACCGUGGUGCUGGCUUCUAUGCUCCGGAGAUACGAGUUUGCCCUACCUCAUCCAAAUUGGGAGAUCGAGAGGUUGGAGACCAUGAACUGGCUACUGGGAGAGAUGCCGGUCAAGGUUUGGAGGAGAGUGCCGACAUCUGCUUGA